GUCCGCUUGUCGCGCGAUACGCGCUGCUCCUACGCGAGGGGUGUCGUCGAGGACUGACGGACGGGUUCCAGCUGAUCGGCGUUUCCGCGCGAGGGACGAGAUAAACGUGUUCGCGCAACGGUGCGAUGUGAUACGUCGGGCACGGUGCGGAGAAGCGCGCGAGCACCCGCGGCGGAGAGCGCAGCUUGUGCGACUCGAGCGUGUCCGUCGGCGCCGAGAGCGGCGGACUGUCCGGACGCGCUUACCCUCGCACGGCGCGGACGUCGCCUGCGCGUGUAACCGUCGUGCGUCGUACGUUCCUCGCCUACCUUCCUCGGUGCGCCGCGAGUCUCGUACGCGCGCGUCGCCCGAGGAGGAGAGGCGGCGCCGGCUGAUUCGGCGUUACCUCGCGAGCGCGGCACGUAUGCGCCGGGCCUCCGCCUCUCGGCUCCGUCGCGACGGCUAACCUCGCCGAGGGGGUGCGCGCCUUGUGGUCCUCGUCCCCCGACGGAUCUGCUGCGAGUCUCUCGGUUUCCGUUCGCGUGUGCCCUCGCCGCUCGAAUGCGCGGCAUGAGUUCCUCGCGUUAAAGUAGUAGGCCGCAAAAGUAGCGAGAGAAAAAUUAGAAAAGUGCGCGCGCGCGCGCGCGCCUGUGUAAGUAUACCGUUGUUGUGUAGAGAGGCAUGGUGUUGCGCGCUUGCUCUUUAAAUAACUGCGGUGUUGUCGGCGAUGCUCUUGUUAUCGGUGGCACCGAGACACGUCCGUAGCGAACGCUAGACGAUCCCCCCCCCCCCCCUCGGGAUCCUUUCUGGUUGUUACGUUGUUUAACUUAAUCGACGCGUGUUUUGCGAGUGACUUCGUUCCCUCCUCCGUACGUCGGGAGUGCCGUGGGGUCCUCGUCAUGAUGUACCCUCGUCGCAUCGUGCAAGUCAUCCGCCGAGAAUUGCCGCUGGUAGAUAUUCAAAGUCACGAGCCUCGCAGGCUCGAGCACGUUGCACGUUGAAGGUGGAUAGAAUGUCCGUCACGCGCGUCUCAUUGGGAGCGCGACGACGUUAACACCGGGUAGUCCCGAGAUACGCACCCGCGACUGGGCAGCCCUCGAAUCGCCACGUGUGCACUAGCUUUCAACGCGCGGCUGACUGCAUCUAUUUGCGACGUAGUCACCGAGGAACAUUCGGUAGCCUCGCUCGAAUCCCGACGAUUCCUCUGUACGCAUAUCUCGGCUUACGCCCCGCAACACGGCUGUAUAGUUCGGCUCUGGAUGUUUAUGUAGUAUUGAAUAGUACUCGUGAGGAAGAGGAGGUGUCUUGCCGUGCCUUGUGGUACGUUUGAUGCGAUUGGAUCGUCGGGAAAGGGUUGGACCAUCGGUACGAAUGCGAGGAGUGAGGAAAUAAAUGCCGAUAGAAUGCCACCGAGACGAGCAGAGGAGGUGCCUAUGAAGAGAGUGGCGGCUGCGGGUUGCAAGCUACCGACGCAACUGCCAGUGGGUGAGAUCUUGACGGACAUUACGCAGAAUAAAUGGAGACUGGGGAACGCCAUUGGAUACGGUGGCUUCGGGGAUAUUUAUCUCGCCUCUAAUAACAUCACAUCGCCUGUUGGCCAAGAUGCGAAGUACGUCGUCAAGAUUGAACCCCAUAACAACGGGCCGUUGUUCGUUGAAAUGAAUUUUUAUAUAAGAGCGGCACGCAAGCACAUGAUUAAAAGUUGGUGCGAGUCUCAGGGAAAGAGGAAAAUCGGUGUCCCCACGUACGAAGGAUCGGGCUCCCAUGUUUAUGGAGGUCAACGAUACAGGUUUCUAGUGAUACCGCGAUACGGAGUAGAUAUCGGAAAACUGUUCCUGUCGCAUAGGAAGAAAUUGCCGACGAGACUUGUUAAUACGUUAGCUGUACAGAUGCUGGAUGCGUUGGAGUAUAUUCACAGUAAAGGAUAUGCUCAUGCGGAUAUUAAGGGACCAAAUAUCUUGUUGAACGGGGGCAGAAUAGGGAAGGAAAAAUCUAUGGCGUACUUAGUAGACUACGGUCUGGCAUAUCGUUUUUGCACAGGCACGGGUGAACAUAAGCCAUUCGUACAUGAUGAGAGAAGAGCCCACGAGGGCACUUUAGAAUUUACAUCGCGGGAUGCUCAUCAUGGAACACAUUCAAGGAGAGGAGAUUUAGAGACUUUAGGAUAUAAUAUUAUACAGUGGUUGUGUGGAAAGCUACCUUGGGAGGAAGAUAGUAAUGAAAUAGGUUUAGCUAUGGAUCCCGAAGAGGUUCAUCAACAAAAGGAGAUUUUGUUGUCAGACUUGCCUUUAUUCAUGGACAAGUGCUUCCCUCACAAGAAAAAACCACCAGCUGCAAUCAUGAGAUAUAUGAAGUACAUUACCGAGCUAGAAUUUGAGACUAAGCCCAACUAUUCCUAUUUACGGAAUUUAUUUCUACACAGCAGCCAAGAUGGCAGUAUUCCUACAUGUUUAUAUAAUAUGAAAGAGUCCAAUGAAAAUCUCACGAGCUCUAUAUUUUUCGAGCGACCAUAUUUGAGAGAAAGAAAACCUUGCAGGCCUGUAAACGGCGAGAUACGAAUAACACGAAAUACACAGCCUAAACAUCCAGUUCAGAAAAAGGAGUUUAGUUGGGAAGCAGUGUUAGCAUUGCAUCCAGACAAACUUGCGAAAAUCAGUACUCAACUGCCACCUUCGCCUCUCACACCGCCUCUUACACCACCAUCGUCCGAGUCUCCACGGCCACCGUCUCUACCGACGUAUGCAAUGUUAGAAGUACUUCGUAAGAUGAAGGAGAAGCAGUCAGGUUCAUUUAGGCAUAAAACACCAUCAAAAUCAUUGGAUAAUGAACUCAAACCAAAAUGGAUGACGCCCGCAAUGGAAGAAGUUGCGCGAUUAAGAAAAAAAAAUGAGACACCUGUUCCUGUACUCAAUUCUAAAAAUAGUUUGAGAGUAACACGUUCACGUGUGGCAAAAAGAAAACAAUUUGGAGUUCAGGAGCAAGAUAAAGAGAUUAAGGACGAUCCGACUAAGGUUACGCAUAAAAGGAGGAAAUGCUCAUCCUAAAGAAAACUGGGUCCUAUUAGUAUUAUUAAGACUUCUGACAAUGAUACCAUUGGCAUUCAUUUUAAUAGGAAAUAUGAAAUUAAGUAUUAUUUCACAAAAUCUCGUCUAUCGAUUAUAAGUCUGUAAGUAUACAUCGCGCCAAUUUAUUUAAGACUGCUUCAUUGUAUUAUUUGCUCUUUGAUAAUAUUAUCCGAUACACAUAGAACUUCUAAACAGUUGUAUAGCGAACAAAAUGGUAAUAUUAAUGAAUAAUACUAAGUGACUUCCUGCUCUGAAACUACAGAGACUCAAUGGAAUUAAUACGUUCAUAUAGAACUGGUCUUAUGAUUACAUGGAUGUCGUAAUAUCUCUGAAAAACAUGUCUAUUGAUUUAAUAUUGUACAAGUAAACUUUGCAAUUUAGUUAUUAGAUUAAAUUUAUUGAACGUUAAUAUUGCGUAUGUUGUAGGUGUGAGAUUAUAUCAAAAUUAAUCAAUAUUUCUGUUGUGUAUUUACAAUCUAUAAUAGAUUCGAGAUCUGUGAUGUGUGCUUGAUUGAACCAACAGCAUAGUUGUAAAUUUCUCUUAAUUCUCAUCUCUUAUUCUUUAAAAAAUAAAAUACUCAAAACAAAGUAUUCACAAAAAUAAAGUUACGUAAAGUAACAAUAAUGAUUAUUUAAAAAAAGUAAUUAAUAAUUAUACAUCACAAAAUCUUGAUUUAAGAAUAUUCUUGUGCAAUAUAGUCCAUAAAGAAGUGUCAAAGGAAAGAAGUAACGUCCGUGAUAUUUUUCAUAAAAUCUUGUUUUCCAUAACUACUGUGUCUCCCUAUUUAGCUAAAAGAUGAUUAAAAUAUUAAGGAAUCCUCCAUAUAUGACUUUAUCAACAUUUCAUACGAGAUCGGACGGUGUAGGAAGAGUUAGCACAGAUUCUUCCCGAAUUACGCACGUUGCACGCUUUCCUUUAACAUCGACUCUGUAAAUACGGCACUUCUUCAUUAAAUUAAUUUGUUUCGCUAUUAUAAUAACGAAUAUUAUAAUAACGCUUUUAUAAUAACGUAUUUAAAGGUAUAUUAAUUUCGAUGGUAUGUAUUUGCUGUAUAUGCAGUGUGUAAUUCGUAAAUAUAAAUGAUGUAUCGUAAUGUAAUACAUAUUGAAUUUACAACACUUAAGUUAUCAUGACACUCAAAAGUGGUGCUGAUGUUCGAAGAAAUAUAAUAAGAUUUACUGCGGUAGAACAUUGGUGAAGUAUGUGACCGAGAUAAGAUCAUGUUCUUUUAUAUGCUGUAUGAGUGAGAGAUUUGAUAAUUCGGUGGCAUACAUAACUCUUGAGCUUAUGUACCGAAGGUAUGCGAUUUAGUCAAUUUUACUUUCACACUAUGCUGUGACUUUGAUAGGUUUAGGUAUCUCUAAUCUCUAAGUUUGGAAAAAUAACAUUAAGUGAUGUUUAACUAUUGUUAGCGCUUUUGUUAUCGUGAUUCGUUUAUAGAUUUACGUUAAUACUUUUUUACGAUACAUUUGUGAUAACUUAUUCAUAACCAUAAUUCAUUCUUAAGUUAAUCUAUACAUUUAUAAUAUGUACCUGUGUGCCACGAGACCAUCAUUACUAUUCGGAACUAACUGUCAUCACGUAUCAUUCGUAUAUAUAUUUUAUUUUUGCUUGUAAAAAUUUUUGUCAUUUUAUUUAAGUGUGGAAACGAUAAGUACUUUGUAUCUCGAAAAAUGUCUAAUUUCAAUUAAAGUACGCGCUAAAUGUAUUUGAAGGGAUAAUGACGGAGUCCUUGCGGAACCGUCUAUUAUCUGUCAAUAUAUUUUAUUAUACACACACGGCCAAAUAUAUUAUUAUAUAAUUUUAAAUAAGUUAAUAAUGCAAUAAAACGGACUUCGUAGUAGUAAUAAUUAAAGUCACGGCGCAAUAAAGGCGCAUUCUCCUAAGUAUUGUUAGAGAAACUACUAUUGUUUCGUAAGACGCGAUAAUUUAAAUUGAAACGUGAGAAGUGUAACUACAAUCGGAGAUGUAUCUACUAAAUAACAGAGGAAAAAGUGUAUGUAAUGAACUGUGUAUUAGAUUAUAUACUCGCAUCGGCAUUUUUCUUAUAGCGAUCUUGUAUAUGUACGUUGUUUAUUAUGAUGCGAAAUAUAAAACGAAUAUGUAUGACCGAUA